ACCUCGUAUUAAUUCAUUUGUGAUUGGCAUAGCAACGUUUAAUAUGCACUGAGCUGAGUGCUGCAGAUGUUGCAUCAUACAUGUCAUAAAUAAGUCAUUAAUCCGGAUCUUGCAAUCCACACAAGCACUAUAUAUAUUAGUCCAGCAUGGGAUGCGGCUCGUCCAAUGCGGCCGUCAGCUACCAGUCUGACAUCAACACAAUGUGGGACCAGGUCAGCCGGACCAUCGACAUCCAGCGCAACAAGGACAAGAGCCUGGUCAUCCGACGGUCUGGAUGGAAGACGGUCAGGAUCUUUGUAUCCUCGACGUUCCGGGACUUCCACGCCGAACGAGAAAUAUUAGUCAAAGAGGUGUUUCCUGAUCUGCGUGUAUGGUGUGAGAAAAGGAGACUCCAUCUUGUCGACUGUGACCUCAGAUGGGGAGUUCCGAAGGACACCACAACAGAAGAGACGCUACGAACAUGUCUGGGAGAGAUUGACAGGUGUUACCAAGACAACGUUAUGCCAUUCUUCCUCAAUUUGACAAGCCCUACUCUUUUCCCAGCUUCAUGUUUUUCAGGAACCAGUGAAGGUGAGCGUUGCGGCUGGAUUCCUAAUCAAAGCGAGGUCCCAGAAUCCAUUGCGGCAGACUACCGCUGUGUCCACGGAUUGUCCGUCACCGAGAUGGAGAUCAUGCAUGGCGCGUACAGAAAGGACAACUUCAAUUCUCUCUUUAUGAUCCGAGAUUCAGGAUUCUUGGAGAGCGUUCCUGAGAAGCAUCACAAGGACUUUGUGGACGUCAACCCCAUCGCUCCAGCCAAAUUGAAGAUGUUGAAACAGAUGUUGAAAGACCGCUUUGGGAGUAACCAAGUGCAUUUCUACAAGUGUGAAUAUGACGGAGUGAAUGACCAAGGCAAGGUGGAGUUCAAGGGACUUGAUAAGGCGUUAGGAGCUACGGUGUUUAAGCACUUCAAGCAGAUGAUCAGUAAGCAGUACCCCUUAGAGGAUUCCAAUUUAGAUCCCUUCCAGCAAGCCAAGGAGGCCCAUGAGUCUUUCAUGAAGAAUCGCAGUGUUUCUGUGCUGGGUCGCACGGACAUUUUGGAACAGAUCAAGGAGCAUGUGGUAGGGGUAGGCGUGGAGGUACCUUUGUUGCUUCUAGGUGGUCCAGGCACGGGCAAAUCCUCCAUCAUGGCUAGGGUGUCAGACGUGACUGUGUCCAAGGCACUCACUAAAGAAAUACCAGGAGGUGGGACGCAGGGCUGGCACGUCUUCUACCACUUUGUCGGAGCCGUUCCUGGCUCGCCCAAUCUGGAAGCUACACUAAAACGCCUCCUGAAAGAACUGGGUGCGGUCAAUGACACCACCAUGCCUAAAGACUUGGAGACGGCCUGUCAGCUCACCUACGCAACUCUAUCCAACCCCAACACCCGACCUCUGAUUAUUGUCAUUGAUGCUCUCAAUCAGUUUGAUGAAUCCAAGGAGUCCACCAUUCUGAACUGGCUGCCCAACAAGCUGAGUCCCCAGGUUCGCUGUAUAUUCUCCAUGAUUGAUGAGACCCCGCAGCACAAGACCCUACGCUCACGACCCAACAAACCCACUGAAGUCUACGUCACGCCCCUGGACAUGACUUCAAGGGAGGCAAUUGUCAAAGAGACCCUGGGUAAAUACACGAAGCGUCUGGAUGCCCAGCAGAUGGCCAGCCUGCUCAGUAAGGACUCUUCCCAGAAUCCUCUGUGGCUGUCGGUGGCGUGCGAAGAGCUCCGAGUCUUUGGCUCCUUUGAGUCGUUAUCAGACAAGAUCAACAGCUUGGCAGACGGCUUGCUCAAUUUAUUGGCGCAAAUCCUGACCCGUUUUGAGCAGGAGAACGGCGGGGAGAUGCUGGUAGCUACCCUGUGUCUGCUGGAGUGCUCAUGCCACGGUCUGCUCGAGACAGAACUGCUCUCCAUCCUAGGAGACGAGGAUAACCUGAUGCCUCCCAAGGAAAGCUCAGGGAAGGAGAAAGGAGAGAAGGAGUCCAGGGAAAAGGGGGCAUCAGAUAUCGGCCCACUGUCGGCCCACAAGUGGGCUCGGGUGUUCCGCGCUCUGAAGCCGUUCCUGCGGCCGUUUGGUGACAGCGGGGAAGGCAGAUUGGAUUUCUAUCAUCGCUCCCUCAGCAAGGCCGUCAGGGCUAAGUACUUCAGCGGCCAAACAGGGAACAAUGCAGGCCGCUCAGUUGACAGGUUGUACCAAUGGUGGCACAGCAAACUAGCCAACUAUUUUGAGAAGGUUGCGAACCUAGAGCGCAAGGCAGAGGAGUAUCCCCACCACCUGAUCAAGAUCAAUGACAAGAAGCAAUUGGUGGACUUCCUUCUGGACUGGAAGGUGUUCAGUCACUACUUCAAGGAGGACUUCAGCGGAGAACUGCUCUCCUACUGGCGACAGGCUGCAGAUAGCAUGGCUGAGAUGGAGAAGCUUUACGUGGCCCAAGUCGAGAAACUCACUGAUGACCCUACCCUGAAUGAGGAAGACCUCAGUCUGCUCUACGAGAAAGUCGGAAGAGUUCUUAUGCACGCUGGUCAGCUGGAGACUUGCUUCUCAUUGUUGGAGAAGUCAAUGGAGAUUGAGAGUCGGUUGGGCCAGCGUCAGGAACGGAUGGUGAUCCUGUACGACCUGAUAGCCAGCAUGCACAAUGAGAGAUUGAUAUUACGUUACUUCUACAUGGACAAGAAAAUGAUGCUCGACUUGAAGCCGGCUAUUCAGUACCGACGGAAAUCACUGGAACUCGGCAAAGACUUGACAAAAGAUCGCUUCAAGUUUAUGCGGGCCUUUUCUCUGGUGAAGCUGGCGUUCAACUUGCAUAACUGGAUCUUCUUGAGUGGUGACAGUAGUCUCUCUGCGUCAGAAGCAACCGACUUAGGAUUUGACAGUCUGAAAGAAGCCAAGGAGAUCUUUUAUGAGUUUGAUGACAAGGCACAUGUGGCUGAAUGCAUCAUGAAUGAGGCUUUGCUGAAGAGUGACCAUCACAAAAAAGAAGCCCUAGAAAUGUACAAUGAGGCUGAGGUGCUGUGCUACCAAGCCUGUGGAGAGAUGAGCGUCCUGACUAGUCGUAUCGUCAUUAAUAAGGCCAUACUGCUGAAAAGAAUGAGGAAGGUGGAGGAAGCCUACGACUAUUUCUACCUCGGCUUAGUCAUCAAAACUCAGGUAAAGCUUACCGUCGUUUUGAUUUGUUUCAGGAUUUGUAAAGAAUCCCUAUUGAAAUCUAGACAUCUACCUGUAGAGUUUUAUGUAAAAUAAAGAAAUAGUAUUUUA